AACAGUCUGAGGAGUGUACUGGGGCCGUCUGGUGAUCUCUAAACCACCCAACACGCCCUAUAGAUAGUAGAAAUAAGAUUAAAUAUAUGUGCCUAUACUUAGCCGGUGAAGAGAAUGAAUGGGAUGGUGAAGAAUAACGAGAGUUCAGCCUGGGUUGUGUUGAUUCUUCAGGUCUUCAGUUUUAGCGACAGAGUGACACAGAAAGAAGAUAAUGAAAUGAAUUACGAAAUGUUAAAACUAAUCCAUGUCUGAUUUACGGUGACAGAGAGACAGAGAACGAGGAAACAGACUCCGUAGAAGAAACAAAGACUGAGAGAAGAUAACUGGAAAUGAAGAAAAUGAGUUACGGAAGAUGUCAAAACUAAUUCAUAUCUGAUUUUUGGUGACAGAGACGGAGAAAGAAAACGGAAACAACAGAAAACAAAAUACUGAGUAAGACAUAAGACAGAGGACAGGACAGCAGCAACCAUGGUGAAAGAGACGGAAUACUACGAGAGACUAGGGGUGCCUCCUGGACGCGUCCCCCGAACACCCUGAAGAAGGCGUACCGCAAGCUAGCCAUGCAGUACCACCCCGACAAGAACCCAGCCGGGGGAGAGAAGUUCAAGAAGAUCUCUCAGGCUUAUGAGGUGCUGUCCAACCCUAAGAAGAGGCGGACUUAUGACGAAGGUGGUGAAGAGGCGGCUGCAGAGUGGCGGCGGCUUCAGAAACCCAAUGGGACGUCUUCAAUAUGUUCUUCGGCGGGGGGAUGGCAGGUGGUGGGGGCUCAGGAGACGAGGAAGAUGAUGACGACAUGGGAACGUUUAAUUUCUUCGGGCCAGGCGGCGGAGCGAAGUCACGGCGCCAGCAGCCCCCCUUGGAACACCGGCUGGUCGUCCUCAUUGGAACAGCUGAUGGUGGGCGGGUGGAGAACGUUGAAACUUGACCGGAAGAGGCCGUGUGGUUCCUGCAACGGUCGUGGUGGGAAGAUGAAUGCAGCGACCAGUGUGUGCGCGGCGUGUAAAGGGAAGGGAGUGAAGCUGACCUACCAGCAGCUCGGCCCAGGUCUGAUGGAAAUGCACGGAACCUGUACUGACUGUGGAGGUGCAGGCCGCGUCAUCGCCGAGGCAGACCGCUGUGUGACCUGCAAAGGAAACUGUACCGUGAACGACACCAAAAUUACGAAGGUUCACGUGGAGAGAGGUAUGCGGAACGGCUCUCGCAUCCUCCUGAAGGGCGAGGGUGACCAGGAUGCAGGACAGCGGGAGGCAGGCGACGUGGUGAUCAUCCUGCAGGAGAAGGCCCAUGAUACCUUCGUCAGGGAUGGACUUGACCUGCAUAUGGAGAUGACGGUGAAUCUGACGGAAUCCCUGUGUGGUUUGCGGCGGCCGGUCACCACGCUGGAUGGCCGCACUCUGGUGGUGGGGCAGCCUCCCGGGGAUGUGCUGGAGCCGGGGGGUGAGCUGAGGGUACCUGCUGAGGGCUUUGCCUAUGCUGAGAAAUCCUUACAUCCGGGGAGACCUCAUUAUUAAGUUUACGGUGGAUCUACCGGAGAGAGUGAACGAAAUCUUCCUGGAGGACUUCGAGGCAAUGUUCCCACGUCCCACGAAGCCCCUGGAACUGAACGGGGAGGAGGAGCUGGUGAACAUGAUGCCCUUUGACCCUUCUGAAGGAAAUCAACGAAAGCAGAGGGCGAGGGAAGGCACAACCCAUACGAGGAGGAACCCAUGGAGACAGAUGACCAGCCCCCGGGAUGUCGCCAGUCCUUAGUGGAGUCUAUGUUCUGAAACGCCUUGCUCUCCUCUCUCACCACGAUUAUUUCCAUAGGCCCCAGAGAUGAUUAGCCGGGUUGUCAAGAGUGUUUCUCCUAUUAAUUGUGUAGAAAUGUUAUUAAUUUUGUCACUAGAACCUUAAAAAACAACCUUAAAAACCAGAGUAACUUCAACUACAAGCCCUUUGAAUGUAGUGGAGGUGCGGCCAGAAGUGUUUCAGAAUAUUUAGUUAGGCUCGUAUCCCGAAACGCCUUGCUGUCUCACCACGACUAUUUUCAAAGGCCACAGAUAUGAUUAGCCUGAUUCUCAAUAGUGUUUCUCCAGUUAAUAAUGUAUAAAUCUUGUUAAUCUGUCACGAGAACCUUAAAAAAAAAUAAAUAAAAAAAACCC